AUGCCAUUCUUUUUUUUCCUUUACCGUAUUUUACGACUUCUUACUUUUCUCAUACUCUCUCCUCUUCUUUCGCCUCCUCUCCUUUCUACUUCUUGUCUUUCCGUCUAUUUUUUCACUUCUCUCUCUGUCUCUCUCUUUUCGUCUAUCUACUACUCUUUAAUUUUAAAAAAAUUUCCUUUUUCUUUUCUACCUUUUUCUCCUAAGAAAAUUCAGUCGAUCUCCUCCUCCUCCCGAUACUCUUCUUUCUUUUACAUUGACAGCAUCAAUAUUACCAAAAAUAUCGUCUGUAUUUCCAUUCAUUCCAAUUUUCCAGUUACACGCAGGCUCCAUCUGUCUGUAGCGUGCUAUCUUUUUUCCUCUAACCAUUUCUCGUUCUUUUUCUUCGUUCUUUUUCUCCAUCUUUUCUUUCUCUCUUUCUCGUUUUCUUCUAUUCUUUUUUCCUUUCUUUAUAUGUUACUUUUUCGUACUGUUUCCACUCUGUUUACUCUUUCACUUUGUUUCUCUUUCUCUCUCUCGCUCACACACUCUCUCUCUCUACAUCUUUUGCUCUUUACCCCUAAAAAAAAUCCUUUCGCUCUAUUUCUCUUUAUUUCUUUUUCUUUCAGGUCCUCUUUAUUUCUUUAUACCUCUCUUCUUUCUCGCUUUAUCUAUCUAUCUAUCUAUCUAUCUAUCUAUCUAUCUAUCUAUCUAUCUAUCUAUCUAUCUCAUUCUUUUCACUAUCUAUAUAUCUGUAUAUCUCAUUCUUUUCAAUAUCUAUCUAUCUAUCUAUCUAUCUAUCUAUCUAUCUAUCUAUCUAUCUAUCUAACCUUCCACUAUUUUUUCUAUUUCUUAUUUCCCCUUCUCUUUCUUGUUUCUUUUUCUUUCUCUCUCUUCGUAGCUUUCUCUCGUUCUACUAUGCUUGUUGCACUCCCUUUUUCUCUUGUACUCUCUUUUUCUUUUUUCCUUCGUGCUCUCUGUUUAUCUUUCUCAUAUCCACUCCUUUUCCUGUCCCCUAUUUAUUACACUUUCUCUCUCUCUAUAUAUAUAUGUAUACAUAUUUCGUUUCAGUCUGUUAUUCCUUCUUUCUCUAUUUCCUUUUUUUCUCCCCCUUUCGACGUUCCUACUUUUCUUUCUCUCUGA